AUGACUACCGAACGCCAACUUGGCAAAUGCUACCAAUUUCACUUUGUCACUACGACAUACAACAUCCCCAGUUCUUUCAUCACGAAUACUGGAAGCCUCCUUUCACUAUUUAAGGACAAGGAUGAAUACGAGAUGGAAGGCAUAGACGACUACACUGGUUGCGUCUUUAUAAACUACAUAGUGUCACACACCUAUGAAGUUGACUACGAGACCGCAGAGCAAGACGAGGAAAUAGCUUCGAGCGAUUACAAGACUGCACUCAUGGCCUGGGCUCUCGGACGCAUGUACAACAUCUAUGACCUAGUUUUGCUAGCCAGGAAUCAUGUCGUCAAGCUGGCCAAGCUUAUAAACCCUGUCUGGAGACUGAGUAUGACUGUUGAUACUCCCCUGGCGAUGAAGCAUAUCACCGGCAUUAUCCACCGAAUCGACGAUUACACCGACGAGGUCCUGGAGAGCACAACAAGACAACAGGCGACAGAAACUCUCUUGCAUGUGCAACCUCCAGAAACAGUGGGCGGCUUAUGGUCGAUACUACAGCUUAUGCAGAAGGCCCAGGGACCAGCUCUAGACCGAGGCUGGCGUAUGGUUAACCAGACCGCUCCAACCCUUGUGCCGGAAUUGACAGAAUAUCUGGCGUCUCUCCAAGAAAUGGCACAAGAAAGCGAGCAGAUGUAUCCUGAAGACGAUGACGUCGUGGAGUAUUCUCUGACUCCAUUCAAUCACUGGAUCCCAAGUGCCCAGAUCAAGUGUGGAAAAGUCAUGCGCGCCAUGGUCGGAAGCAACAACAGUAGCCAGAAGAUCGGCACCCGCAAUAAGGAGAAACCAGCCCCGAGUGAUAAGUGCAUUUUUACUAUCAGUUUUACCUAUUUCAUCAGAUCAUCUUGA